AUGGCUAUCUCAGUGUCGAUCUUAGCCAUCAUCAUCUCUCUCCACCUCAUCACUUUCGUCUUUGCUAUCGGCACUGAACGACGUCGUAGCACAGCUAAGGUUGUUCCUGAUGAGUACGAUGAGAGAACAUACUGUGUGUACGCCUUGGAUGUGUCGACGAUGUACGGGUUGUCGGCGUUUGGGCUGUUACUGAUAAGCCAAAUGGUGCUUAACGGCAUCACUAAGUGUCUCUGCUUUGGUAAAGGCCUUGUCACUAGCUGCUCCACCACUUGUGAGAUGGUGAGACUUGAGAGUUGAGAGGCGUGAGAGAACACUGAGAGUGAGAAGUGAGAAGAACUGAGAUAAGAUGAAAGUGUGAGAGUGUUAGGGUUAGU